AUGGAAGUUGAUGGUGAUAGGACAACGGACGAUGAAAGGAUGGAUGAGGAUCUCGAUCAAGCGCACGGUGGUGAAGGGGUGGAAGGAGAAGACUAUCCAGUGGGAGAAGGAGAUGGUAUGAUGGAAGACUCAGAUGGUGAUGAGAUGAUGGGUGAUGAGAUUCAGGAUGAUGAAGAAUAUGAAGUGGCCAUGGAAGAAGAGAAUAUCGAACCUAUCAUAAACGUACAAGCUCAACCUGAACCAGUCGAUGUCGAACCUGCACCAGUCAUCGAAACUCCACCUAUCCCCUUCAACUCUAGUACAACCAACGAUGACAUGAGUCGACCUGUCAUUUCACCCUUUCCUGAUAUAUCUUCUGUGAACGGUAGAACAAUCUUACCUAAACCUUUGGAAAGUCCUCCAGCACCUGAAACGGAGAUGACGCCAGUAGAAGAAGAGGAACAACCUUUCAUCAAUAUCAUCAACGGAGAAGAAGAUAACACAAUAGAUGUGUCUAACCCUUUCAACAAACCUUCUACUUCAACAGAGACUUUGGAAAUCAAAAAUCAGGUACCUUUUCCUAAACCUGAACCAGUGGCAACUACAGAAGAAGCGUUGAAUAUCAUCCAACAUAACCCUAGUGUCAACGAGAUGCCUAUACCUAGUGUUCCAGAACCUCAACCGUCCACUUCUACCUUACAAGUAGGGGAAUCGAGCAAGACCGUUAGAGGGGGGUCGCGUGAGCCAACGCCUGGAGAGGAAUACUACGAAGAAGACGGAGAAGAAGAAGAAGAAGAGUAUGAGAUAGACGCUAAUUCCCUUCCACCCAUUAUCCUUCAUUUACCCAACGAUCAAGCCAGAUACCUAUUCGAAACGUAUGAGAAUGAUCCUGAUACCUUGCCUGUAUGGUUGGAAGGUCGUCAGGCAGAAUUGGCAGAGGCUAGUCUAUCGGAUGUGUGGAAUGGGAUAAAAGUAGAAUGUACUAAAGAGGGUCUGGCGAAGAAUGGUGCUCUGGUAAUUUGCGAGAAACAGAUGGACCUAAAGAUGAAUGAGGAUGACGUGAAUCUACAAUCUAUAACGUUCCUUGAACUGAUCUUACUUCAUCAUGGAUGUGGAUUACCUGAACCUGUACAAUUAUACCUAUCGUGGGAAGAGUCUAGGUUUAUCACUAGGUUCAAUGCUAUUCAAACUGAAUUGGAAGCCAUGCGAAAAAGGAGCGAGAGUGUUGAAGCAGUUGAGCCCAAGCCGGCUCAAUUCCACUCUCAAGAAAGUAAGAAUGUCGAGCUUGAAGUUGAUCAAUCACCUCAAUCUGCAGAGAAAGUCGGGCAAUCACCUAAGCCAAAUGAGAAGAUACCUGAAGAGUAUGUAGAGGAAUACGGUGAAGAUGAAUACGUUGAAGAAGAGGAGAACAAAUCUAGACAAGGUGCUUAUAGCGAUGAUGAAGGUGAAGAACAAUAUAGACAAAAGGAAGAUGAGAGAGACAGAAGAAGAGAUCAACGUGAUGUGAAAGCGCAAUAUGCGGAAUCCGUAGAUGGAGAAGUAAACACACGGGAUCUCGAACGAGCGCAUCCUAAUUGGGCUGCUGCAAGAUUGAAACCUACUGACGCAUUGCAUUUUGAGGGGCCUGCUGGAAAGAGAUAUCUCAAUUACAAAUCCGAAGGUCAUCAUCAUGCUGAUGCUGACGCUGCUGAACAAGGAGAACAAGGAGGACAAGAAGAACAGGAAGGAGAACAAGAGGAACAAGAGGAACAGCAACAGCAGGAAGUCUUGCCCUCACAGGAGGCAAGGGAGCUUGCCGAAAGAAAAGAAACUGAGGUCGUCGGAGAAGAAGGCGAUUACGCGGACGAAGAGCAGUAUGACGAAGAAGAAAAGGACGAUGACGUUGAAGAGGGUGAUGAAUGGAACGAUGGUGCUGAUACAGUUGAUCAGAACGAGUCAUCCCUCGCGCAAAGUAAAGACACAGAUACACAAGACGAGAUGAACGACGCCACUGUACCCCAUCCUAUUUCCGUUCCUAAAGAUGAACUGGAGAAACUCCGUGAAAGACAAGCGGGACAACGACUUCAGCAGCUCCAACAUGAGGGUCUAGGAGAGAAGAGGGCGAUUGAAUCGCCCUUGUCUAUCGAUGCGUCGGCGCUACCUACCCCUUAUGCUAGUGCUGCUCCAUCAGUUGUGGACGGUAGUACCCAAGAUACUAAGUUCGAUUCGGUAGAUACCGCCCCCCUGGACGAAGUCGCCUUGAAAGAAGAAGACAGUCAACCUCAAGCUACCACUAUCCCUAGCGAAACUGAAAUCUCCACACCUGCCUUGUCCAGUCUCACCCCAUCUGGCGUGGAUGGUGCGAAAGCGUUAGCACAGGAUGUACUGGGCAAACAGCGAGUAGACGCUAUACCAGAAGAAGACGAGUCGUUUUCUGUCUUUGUAGACAGAGUCAACGAAGAUGAUGAGAGGGGAGAGUUACCUGCACCUGUCGAGGGAGUCCCUGCAGUUGGUAUCGUACCGGAUGAAGGGUAUUACGAUGAUGCUUCAUACGAAGAUACCAAAGUCGAUAACGGACCUGACACCGUCCCUGUCACACCGCUGGAAAGUCAUCUCGAAGAAGCCGAUUUGGAAUUUUUCGAUUCUCAUGGCGAGGACGACGCAUAUGGCAGCGAUGAUGAAGAGGGAACUUUGGAAGCUGAUUCGACGCAUAAUCCCGAACUUGAAUUCGAGCCUACUGAAGAAGAGGCGGAGGAGACUGAACCUACGGAAGUUGAUGUUCCAUCUACUGUCAGUUCCACGGGAGGACCGAUAUCGGCCAAAAGACACAAUGAGAAUGAUGAGUCGGAGAGCGAUUUGGAUAGUAAGAGACCUAGAACAGAUACGGUGAGUAUGAGAUUUGAUUUGAUGCUGACUUGA